AUGUCUGAAAGCUCAGGCUUACAUGUGGACUGCCCACUCUGCCUAUCUUCGAUUUUAUCUGGGAAGCAGUUUGAAAGACACGUGGGCCGGCAUCUGGAAGAGCUGGCGCUCUUCGCAUUGCCGCGAUAUGAAGAAGACGAUGAAGAAGAAGCUGCAAUUUCCUCUGAUGAGAAUUCUGAUAUGUCGCACCACCUGACCGCCGAGGUGAGCUAUGAUGAAGAAAUGAAGACGACAUCGAAGCAACACCUCCUGGGCGCCGAAGACACAAUAGACCUGCCAGACUAUGACAACUCUCGUAGUGACCAUGGUUUGAGUUCAGAAGCAUCCGAAGAUAGAUCUAUCACGAAGAAAGAAACAAGGCCUCAAGACAUAUUAGAACCAUACCCAGACCCAGAGUCUGCCAAGGAAGACAACUUGCCUAAGGAGAUCAAUCUUGAGAUGCACGAGUCAACAAUCAGCCCCGCCGAUAUGCCCAAUUCUGGCCGCCGCUCGUCAAAAGAUCACUCGCUGCAAAUCAACGAGGAUGGUAUCGGUUAUACAACGGACUAUAUUGAAGAUCUCACAUUGACACAGCCAAUACACUGGGAUCGCCGAUGGGACGUCGAUGAGAAUGGACCCGAUAUUAUCCUUAUUAGGAACAAUGGAAACAUAUAUCCGCUCCACUUCCGCGCAAAUGCCAUCGAUGAGGGUGCGCUUACCGUUGGGGCGUUGCGGCUGGAAGCUGCGAAGGUAGUUGGAGCUGCUUUUUCCGGCUUUGUUGAGUUAUUGUAUAAAGGAAACCCGCUCAAAGACCACAGUCAAACCUGCAAAGCAAAGGGGAUCCAGCAACACUCAGAAGUGCUAUGUAUCGUCGUCGACACAGAUCCUAGUAGAAUCAGGGACUCUUCCGACUAUGAAAGAGGCCAUGAGAGCCAUCCGCCUCAGGCCCAAUCCAAAAUUAUGGUCAAUAAGAACAAGGAGACUAAACAAAGUUCUCCUGUUCGCGAUGAAACUGAACCCGUAUCAAUGCCCUUUCUCGCAUCACGACACACAUCGUCCGCUCCACCUAGCAGCUCGCUCCCGAUUCCACCGGUACUAGAAACACUGCCUACAGCGAUGGAGCAAGUGUCUGCUUUGACUGUGUGGGCGGAGCGUGUUAUCAUCCCACUUUGUGAUAAAUACGCGGCUCACCCGCCGGCCGAUAUCAAGAAGCGUGAUUUCGAACAUAAGAAGCUGACCGAGACGAUCGUUGUAGUGAUGAUCAAAGCGGAUGGAAUUGAGUCAGACGGCGAUAUGACCGCACGCAAUGCCCGCAAGGCCCUCAUCAAACAAUUGGAACAUGCUUCAUCUCGGCUGGAUGAGGCCGCAAUAGUAUAG